UUCUGUUUUUGUAGGGGACGGUGUGCCGGCGUCACGAUCUGGCGAAACCCCUGCCUUUUCUGUUUUGUACCUAGUGUUGCGUCGACGAGGUUCCUACUCGGCUCCCAUCGAGGCGGCGGCGGUACAAAUUCCGUGUUAGUUUGGCGCGGCGGAGAGGACGGGGAACGAAUCCGCUGCGGCCCUGCCGCUCCCUUCUCUAAUCUGCGGCUAAAAAAAAACCAACCCCGCCUGCCACUUCAAUCGCAGCGGCAUGGAGCCGGGAGCCAAAUCAGAAGCAAACCAAAACGAGGAAGGAUCAGGUGCGGUGGGAAGCAGCGGCGGCAGCAGCAAGGUUUACCACGAGAGGCAAAGGAUGCAGUUCUGCCUCCUCCACGCCCUCAACAACCUUAUGCAGGAAAAGGAAUCUUUCACCCGAGCUGAGUUGGAUGGUAUUUCUGAAAAUCUUGUUCUUACUGAUCCGAACAAGGACAAAUGGACUCCUCUAUCAUUGAUUUUUAAGCCACACCACAAUGCAUUAACUGGGAACUACGACGUAAAUGUACUUAUCACAGCGUUAGAAACUAGAAAGACAAAUGUAGUCUGGCAUGAUCGUCGAAAGGGGGCAUCUUCAAUAGAUUUGGAUGCAGGAGCACUGGUUGGUCUGAUGAUCAAUGUGCCUGUCAAGAGGUUGAGGGGGCUCUGGACCGGCAGGCAUUGGGUGGCAAUUCGGAGCAUUGAUGGUAUCUGGUUUAACUUGGACAGUGAUUUUUCUUCACCCAAGCAGUUUCAGGGCAAAGAACAACUAAUUGAGUUUCUGGACAGCAUUCUCAGUCAAGGUGGAGAACUCAUGAUCGUGCUGCGAGACGAAUAAUUGUACUGCUUCAACAGUGAAAGCACCUCCUCCGCGAUUUGUUGUCUUGUGUUCCCCAUACUUCUGAAUUGGCAAUCAUGAUGGGAUCACAUGCAUCUGCAACAGCAACUUCUCCGAAGACUUGCAACCUUAUUGGUAAGAAUCACGGGCAGGGCCUAUAGGGGUGAAGAUACAUGGAAUGUUCAAUUUGCCAAACUAUACAUCAGUGUCCUUCUGCUGUUGGCACAGUGCAUCGCACUCCUGUUUGAUUGAUUGUUGUUGCGUAUAUCAAAUGUUGGACAGUUAUCUGCAGAUAUAGCGCAUGCUUGGCAAUGGGCUUGUAAGCUUUGCGGUGAGCAACUGAGCAUACGUGAAACUGUUUUCUCUGUGCUGGGAGAAUUGUUAUCCUGUACGCAGAAUUUCCUGUUUGUUAUCCUGUACGCAGAGAUUUUUUUUUCUUUCGAACCGGAGUCAUUAAUUAAGCAGAAGAGAGGGCCCAGUUAAUUCUCAGAAAACCGGGCAAAAACCUUUGUGUGUUGUUUUUUUUAGGCGUUGGUGUGAUGUGUUGGGGCUUC